AAUUUUAAUUUUUUCAGGUUUUCUCAUUAGGCUAGGUUGGCUGCCAAAUACAGACUUUGUAUCUGAGGUCUAUUUCCCAACAUCCCGGAAACUGUUUCUCGACCCAGAGAUAUUAUAUUAGGAGCUGUGAGUGACUUGAUGAGACGCAUUCCAGCCAAAUAAGACAUUUAAGGUAACUGACAAGAACUCAUGAACAGCCUACAGGCGGCAUGAGGACUAUCGCCAUCUUUUCGAGUUUUUUCUUGGUGUUUCAUUGUAGUACUGGCUUCAGGCAAAACUGUACAUCAGAGCCUAUCAAGAUUUUGGCCAAAAGUCUUCCACCUUAUGUUUACAUUGACAGCCAGCCAGCUACUCCUCAAACCAACACAUCCGCUCUCAAGGGAAUCAUGUAUGACUACUUGGAACGCCUGCUUAAGCAAUGCACCCAUACGUGCAAAAACCCACCAAAAAUCCAUUGGACAAUUCUCGGCGGAAACAAAACCGAGGAGCUUGUCAAUGGGUCGACAAAAAAUUCGUCUGAGUAUGCAUUUGUGCUGCCAAUAGACUUUAACACCGAGAGUGAGAUGCAGAAGGCCGGGAAAGGUGUAAAACCCGUCAUGCAUACGAUAAUGAAUGCGGGUGCUUAUUACGUGAUUGCCUUAAAGACGCAUGUCAACGAGAGGGCGAGGAAAGACAUGAUAAGGCAGCUAGGAGAGUGCUGGCCCAUCUUCCUCGUGAUUCUCCUACUAGCUGGAAUAUCAGGCGUGCUUAUCUGGAUUAUGGAAAUGUUCCAUAACAAGGACGAAUUCCCGCCAUCUUUUGUCCGAGGCUCAUACGAAGGGUUUUGGUGGGCUUUCAUCUCCAUGACAACUGUCGGAUACGGCGACAAGACUCCCCGUUCAGUGGCCGGUCGAGUGUUUGGCGUGGUCUGGAUUUUGGUCGGCCUCAUAGUGAUCUCCACGUUCACGGCCACCAUCACCAACGCUUUUUCCCUUUCUUCGAACGAGUCUUUCUCCCUCGUUGACCAUAAGAGUGGACUAGGCAUAGCAAAUUUCACUAAAUCCCAGAACUACCCGUCUACACGAUUGGCAGUGGUUCCGGGUGAUGGUGGGCAAAUACAGGCUUUGGCUGAAGGGGCAAUUCCUAAAGAGUAUCAAGAUAUGAAGACCGCAUACGAUGCUCUUACACGGGAAGAUGUCUAUGGUCUUCUGGUGGACAGAUUGCAAGGCGCGUACUUCAUGGAAAUGCAAAAAGACCCAGAACUACGCGUGAUUAAGACCAUUUAUACAAAUAUCAAGCUCAAGCUCGCACAAAAUCCGCACAUACACAUUUUCCACGAUGACGAAUGCUUCUCUGACGCUCUCGAAAAACCAAACAUCGAUACCAUGUUAAGGAUAUAUACCAAACCCGGCAGAAGAUACUUUGCAGCGAAGGACGGCGUGGUGUUUCUCUCGAUCGAGUCGAGUAUCUCACGAGGGGCUUUACAAGUUUUUGGUGGAGUUCUGGGAGGAUUUAUCAUCAUCGGACUUGCCGUUCAGCUUCUCUAUAACGUGAAAUAUAGGAAGACAGCUGGCGUCACUGAUGAUGAAAAGCAACAGCCGGAGGUAGAACUGAAAACACUAAGUUAUAAUACAAUCGACCAGAAAUUAAUAGAUCUCUCUUUGGAGAUCGGCAGACUAAGGGAAAUGUUAGCUAUAGCAAAGAACAACAAAUCGAUUCACUAGGGCAAAAGUACAAGCAAAAUGUUAGAAUAAGAGGGUAGAAGUGGGGUCAGGGCGAAUAGAACUGUUACGGUUUUGGUUAUCGAAAGUUUUGCCCCCGAUAUUGUCUUCUCUCGAGCAUCCGGAAGUACGCGGGAAGACGAAAGAAAGAGGGGAAAAAGACUUCGCAGCCAAACAGUGGACCUCUUUUUAAGCCAUCGCCCUCGCUUAUGUCAAGUUGUCCCUGAUUGACUCAUAGGUUCACAUGAAAAGCAAUGUAACUGAUGUUGCUACUACAUGUCUAAGCUCAUUCUGGCUCGAAACUUUUAUUUACUGCAAAUCGAAUAUGUUGCUUCUAUCAACUGUCAUCGUGUUCCUCGGUUCCUCAAACAAAAAAAAACCACAGUAAAAAAUACUUCGGGCCUUGGC